AGUGAGACCUUUGAUUAUCUGCUACAUGAAGUAGAAAACUGUUAAUCCAAGAUGGCGGACAUAAUGGAGUACGAAGAUUGUGUUUUAAAAGUGAAUAAGACGUAUGCCGCUAAAUUUCAAAAGAAAAGUGAGAAAGCUGAGCUAGAUAGAUGUGAGUACCAUACAAGCUAACUGUGUACUGAAUAAAAACAUGCAAUUUUGAUUGAUUUGUACUGGGAAGAUUUCAAAACUGAAAAUUGAGUCAAUCUCUGACUCCCAUAUGAGACAAAUAUUAAAAUUCAGACAUUUAUCAAACGGUGAAUGGUCCAAAUAGAAUGCCAAAUGCAGAAAAUACUUUCCAGACGAAGACUUAAGUAACAAUCGUGAAAUUCAGGCCUUCUUGAUAGAUUAGUCUAGCCUAUAAAGUUUUAGAAUCUACAUGUAUUUCAGUAUUCAUUUGAAGUAUUUUUAUCAUUAGGCAAUUGUCUAUUGAGACUUGGGAGUAGCCAACAUAUACUGUCUGUACAAUAUUAUGAGAACUGAAAGCUAAUCAGAUUGCUCCAUUUUCCAUGCAUGCUGAACAUUAGCCUGAAAUGUCAGGCGUUCUCCCCGCUAGCUGAACAUAGACAUAUUUUUUUUCAAAUGUGCACAGUCACAUACAUUACUUUAAAGACGCGGUUUACAUGUCAAAGGCUUUGUUUACAUGUCGGUAUCCAAAAUAUUGGAUUUUAUUCGACAACUAUUUAUAUUUUCAUGAUUCUAGAGUAUAAUAAAUUAUCAAGACACAACAAUUAAGCUUUGCAAGACCAUAAAAUGAAAUAAAAACCUAAAUAAACUGUUUGUAUAAUAAAAAGAGGGCUCCUUUGUGCACAUGUGCAGAUCGGACUGUACCACAUCUUUAAAUUUAUGAUUACAGGAGAAACAACCGAUCAUGCAGUUACAGUAGCUGCGUUUUGACUCCAGGGUGCAUUUUAAGCGUAAUACGCCAGAGAUCUUUGGCGUGAGUUUGGCAAAUUACAAUAUUAUCUAUCUUCAGAACUCCUAGAGUUUAAUGUAUUCAAUAUUACAUGUAUUUACCUGUAUGCAAGUUGUCAUGAAUGCAAAACAUCAAACGUUUCACCAUGAUGGCAACAUGGAUGUGGCCCCUUAGUGUUGGCCAACAAGAAAUAAAUAUAUUUUGUUCACAUUUGUUAUUUUUAGCUUAUCUGACAUACUGUAUUUAAGACAGUAAGACACUGUCAUUGUGAUUAGGUCGCGGUCACACUAGCGCUUGAAUCGUGGUUGCUUGAGCUAAAUCCACUUGAAUCUAUCAACUGAUCACCUUCAAAGCAUGCUUGCUAGUGUGACCGCAAAAAAUGGAAAAAUCAAGCUUGCUUGAAAUUUGGUAUGAUUUGCUUGAAAAUUCAAAGGCACGGCAGCAAGCCCCAAACACACUACCGGUACACUAACAGAAUAUACAGUACGUGUUUGAAUCGUGCUAGAAUGUGCAUCUCAAGUGGAUUAGAUAUUUUAGCUACCAAUGAAUAUUAGAAUUUUCAGUUUUAAUUAGGGGCAAAUAGACAGGCAACUUGGACAUGUCAUUUUUAAGAUAGAAGCGGUAGUUUCAAAUUAUUAUAUUUCUCUUCACGACAUUAACAUGCUAACACUGCAAAGUAUCUAGAGUGAAUACAAAAAUUGAUAAGCCAGGCAUUCUGGCAUUCCGCGGGCAAAAAUAACAAAUUCCGCUGAAUUUUUAAGGUCAAUUCCGCGGCCAAAAUAAGAGCUAGAUUCCGCGGCGAAAUUGAGAAAUUCUGCGGACAAAAUUCAGAUGUUUCUAAGCAAAAUAUCAAUAUCCACCUUAGAUAGUAAGAAAUAUAUUAUUAAAAUUUAGAAAGUCGAAUAAAAGUUCUCGGUUGCACAAGAAAUCUGACAUAUUUAAUAUACAGCGAGUCCCAACAUAAAACAAAACAGACCAUACGUCAUCGACGUGAAAACUGUAAUUACUCGUUUGAGCGCCGUCUCCGAAUAAGCGCCGCACUAAUUUUCAAUCUGCGGCUCUUAAUCCAAGUACCGUGUAACAUCAUGUUCGAGAAGCCGAAAUAGAAACAAUCACUGUGCGUGGGUUUGUGGGUUUUUGCUAACAUUUUGCCACUGAGUUGUCAUCAAACAUUAUCGAACUUUUUUCAUGAACCAAAGCUACGGAUCGUAAUUGAAAUUGUGUGAACCGGAAGUGCAGCUGCAGGAAUAUUACUAGAAAUUGAAAAAUUAAAAUGCUAAUAAACGUUUACGUAGUGGCUAGUAAAAUGACGAAUAUCAAUGAAAGCACUUAACGCCACUUUUAAGGAAAUCUCCGUUCGUAAGGCUUUAAAUUUUACAAAAACGUCUUGUAUCAGAUCACACAAAUGCAUCUUUUUGUGAAUUUAAGGGGAAAAUAAAAACAAAAAAACUUUACCAAAGUUUAAUUAAAUUUAAAUGCCUGAUAUUAAGCAGAUCGAUGCCAAGUAGUUCAGACAAAUACAAUAAUCAAAAUGAUCCUGUCUUUAUGUAUUCAAAUCCUUUCCGUAUUGAAAGAACAUCAUCAGUGUUUUGGUUGUUUCUUUGCAAUAAAAGAAACAAUCGUCUCCUUCUUCUGCUAGGGAUCUGCGCCUAGCGGAGUCAUGCAUUCUUUGGUAUUUAUAAUAAAGCAGUAGCACAGAUGUGUUCUCCAUCUAGCUAAAAUAAUACCCAAACUAAAUAACGCCUAAACUGUUAUGAAAUCUCAAGAAUUUGUUUUUAAUGGACUUUUAGAUCAGUCAUUUGUCAACAGCAGCAAACAAGCACGCUAUACUUUUCUGAAUGUGACAGCGACGUGCUUGGCUUACAUUCUAGCACGAGCUUGGUACUGUAUGUGUUCAAGCAAGCACACUAAUCCGGCGGUAAUCCUCAAGCGCUAGUGUGACCGCAUCCUUUAAGUUUGACAACAAAAUUGACCACAUGGAAUUUAGCUCAAGUUUUCGUCAAUUACUGUAACAGCCCAUGGACAGCGGGCAUUUAUUUCUCAUUUCUAUGAUCACAAUAUUGAUAUGUACGCACCAGUCCAUGGUGACCAUUCAGUCCCACACCAGUACAGUAUGUGUUUUUGGUCAAACAAUUAUCUGACUGGUCAAUUCCCACAUGCAAGCCAAAAGUGAAGAUAAAACACAAGAGAAAAUGCACUGGGAAUCAGAUAUUACACUAUUAGUGAGAAAGCUGCGGAUUGAGAGUGAUUCAAUUACCUAAAAAAUACGUCAAGUAAAAGUUUGACGUUUCGAGUGAGGGCCCUUCAUAGGGAAGUUAAUAGCAUGGAUUGGGAAAAUACAUGUGCUUCCUUUGAUACCACUGUUUACAAUAAACGAAUCACCCGCGUUUAAAUAAAAUUAUAAGUCUAUGCUAGAAUGCAAUCAAAUGUAAAACCAUUUCCAUUAAUAUCAACAGUACUGCUCAAGUCAGAAGUUAAUUGAUAUCUAUUUCGCGGAAUCGUCCAAAAAUCGCGGAAUUCAGUUUAAAUCGCGGAAUUCCGCGAAAUUCAGUUUAAAUCACAGAAUUUAAACUUUGGUAAAGUCAUUUUUUUUAUUUUCCCCUUGAAUUCACAAAAAGAUACAUUUGUGUGAUCUGAUACAAGACGUGCACUUCCGGUUCACACAAUGUCAUUUACGAUCUGUCAGUACCUCGUGAAAAAAAGUUCGAUAAUGUUUGAUGACAAUUCAGUUUUCCAUGACCGUGGAUAAAUACAAUUUAAAAACAUUGCAUGGCAGUGGCAAAACGUUAGCAAAAACCUACGCACUGUGAUUGUUUCUAUUUCGGCUUCUCGAACUUGCUGUCAUGCGGUACUUAUUCCGCGAUUACUACAGCGCUUAUUCGGGGACGGCGCUCAAACGAGUAAUUACAGUUUUCACUUUGAUGACGUACGGUCUGCUGUUUUGUUUUAUGUUGGGACUCACUGUAUUAAACAUGUCAGACUUCUUGUGAAACCGAGAACUUUUAUUCGACUUUCUAAUAUAUUUCUUACUAAUUGAAAUGACCCUAUAAUUACUGUUUGUAGCGGUAGAUAUUGAUAUUUUGCAUAGAAAUAUCUGAAUUUUGUCCGCAGAAUUUCUCAUUUUGUCCGCGAAAUUUGUCAUUUUGGCUGCGGAGUCUCUUAUUUUGGCCGCGGAAUUGCCCUCAAAAAUUCCGCGGAAUUUGCUAUUUUUGCCAGCGGAAUUCCAGAAUGCCUGUUUUUGAAGGAAUGUAGAAGGUCAUGCACUCGUUCAUAUGUUUUCAUGCAAAAAUACUGUCCAAUUUUCUGAAGCUAUUGAAUGAUACACAUUGGACUGUUUUUUAGUACGAAUAAUAUGUGGAAAAUUUUUUACUCAAAAACGAUUUGCAUAAGUUUUCCAACAAUGCAAUAUUUGAGAAUGUUAAAGGAAUUUUUCAAGAAGCUUUCAAAAUUUGUGGCUGCUGAUGAUAUACAUGGUGGCAACAUGAAACAUGAAAAGUUUAAUAAUACCAAGAAAAUACUAUUACAAUUUUAUGCUGUACGUCUCAAAAAUUAUUCUCAUUCCUGCAGCCAUAAUGUAGCCAGCCACUCUAUGACUUGUGUCACUCAUAUUCCAAAUGUUACAUGCGAACGUGCUCCAAACGCAUAAUCAAACACGGUCCAAAUGCAACAUUGACUGCCUUUCGAACGCAGUAUGUAACAAACUAUCAUCAUGAUGAUACCACAAAAUAACAAAUGCAAAGCAUUCCAAAUGCAUAAUCAAACGUGUUUCAAGUUUCUAUGCAUCAUUGAACGCAAUGAGUGCUUUUCAAACACGCAAUGAAAUGUAUUCCGUACGAAUCAUUGAACGAGUUCCGAACGCACAAUUAAAUGCUGCGUGACUGAUCGUGUUCCAAACUUUAAAGCAAAUUUGAUUAUUCUGAGCAUUUGUCUUAAAUUUGUAUGGUUUAGUGAAGGAUAAAUAUGGAGAAAAUGAAGAUGAAGAUUCAGAAAGUACGAGUGAAUCUGAGGAUGAAGAUGCCAAGGUAAUUUUAAAACACCGAUUCCUGCCAUUGUCAUUGACCCAUAGUUGCAUUUUUCACAGCUGUUCCUGGUUAGGGCUGAAUGCUAAUAAAUGUUGUACAGUAUAUAAAUUUCCACUCGAUAACUUCCAUCUACCAAACCCUUCAACUAUUAUUCAAUCGCGUGAGAUGUCAACAAAAUCUUGAUAUAUUUACCCAUAACCUAACAUGGCAGUACCUACUAUACAGGGCCGCAGAUUCGAUUCCUGCCACUAGGACAUAUAAUUUAAAUUCACAGCUGUUCCAGAUUACUGUAGGUCUAAUAAAUGUAUAUAAAUUUUCACACGAUAAUUUCCAUGUACAAGACUCUUCAACAUACUGUAUCUACAGGUGUUUCACUAUUGGCUUACUCAAUUGGUUAAGAGGAGUAAAUUACUAUACUAGUCUUGAAUUACAUGAUUAUAGUGCUUUAUAAUAUUUUAUGGAGUUUACCCUGAACAGGUGCCUCUCUUAUUAAUGAUGCACCCUGCCUGGGUUGACGCUUGUGCCCUUUCCAAUAUCGGGUGCAGAGUUUUUCCCCAGGACCAUGCGAGUUCCAGAAACCAGUCGCCCUCAACACGUGACUGCUUUUGAAGCUAAAUUUGGUGGACUGGUCGUUGCUAUUUUUCAAAUUCAAAAGUUCUACGUGAUUUGUGCAAGGGGAAUUAUAUCACACGACCUGGGCCCAGUGGCGGACACUUUUUCUAAACAUCGGGGGGGGGGUUGCUUUUGGGAGGGAGGGGGAUGCCCCUGCGAGUGUACACCACUGAUCCAUCCAUCGUUGCUCCACAGUUUAAGAUUUGCAGUAUUAAUGAUAAAGUAUUUGUGCUCAAUAGUCUCGCUAUCAUAUGAUUAUUAUGUACUUGGACAUUGUAUUGGACAUUGUAUUGGAUGACAGAAUAUUUACAGCGUUCCGCAAAAUUUCUAGUUUGCCAAACUUCAUGAGUAUUUACAACGUAAAAUUAAUGAAAUAUUUCAGUGAAAUUGUUACAUCGGGUAGUUAUUUUUUGUACACUACAGUAGUUCGGCAUUAUUCAGCAGCAUACAUGUACAACAAGCCUCGUAUGUCUAUGAAUUAAGGAGCUUAACACAGAGAAGGAAAGGGAUUUCCUCAAGACGCUUGCACUCAUCAAGAACAAAGACCCUAAAAUAUAUAAUAAAGACACAAAAUUUUAUUCAGAUGGUAAGUGUUAUUUAGUAUACUUAUAUAUGUAGUCGAUCUGUAUAGCGUUAUAGUCGCUUACUGUAUAUACUAUAGGUAUGGUGUUGUUUUGUGUUGUAUUGUAUUGUGUUGUGCAGUGUUAUGUUGUAUUGUGUUGUGUUGAAUUGUUUUCUGUUGUAUUUAUUGUGUUGUGUAGUAUUGUUGUGUUACUAUUGGUUAUUAAAAAGCUAUACAGGUUGGUAAGAAAACUACUUAUUAAACACAUAAAUUGUGGGAUCAUAUAUGUAAUUGUUGUAAGAUUAUUUUGAAAAUACACUUGAGUCCCUUAGAUGAUCAAUAUUGUCUGAUUUGUGAAACAAUAAAAGUCAGACAAAAAAAUUAUGUGGAUUAUUUUUGUCUGCAGAAGUGAACGUAAAUGUUGAGGAUCGAAAACCAGAGAAACAUGCCAAGCCAAUCUACCUUAAAGAUUAUGAAAGAGAACGACUUCUGGAAAAAGGAAGGUAAAAUUUAGAAUGUAUGGUGUUGUAAUUCAUAAGAACCCAGUUAAGGCGAGCAUUUUUGUGUUGUACAUUUACUGUACUGUACCUUGUAGUGAAGCUUUUGUGAGUGAGGAAAGUUCUGAAGACGAAGAAGGCACAACAGCCAAAGUAAGUCAUUGUAAAAAAGUUGUUGUCAAUGAUUAUGGACAAUUAACGGGUUCAGAAAAGGACAAAUUGUAAAUUAAAUUAAAAUAAAACAUUACAUUGCAGCCACCACUAACUUACAUUGAAGAGCAAGAAGAAUUAAAGAAGAGGUAUUUCAAUAUAUUUUAUAAUAUUUCUUGAUGAUUAAGUUGCUAUGGUUUUCCCUGUAUCCCGCCAUGAAGCGUCCAAUGAAUCAAGCAUUGUGGUUGGAGUAGUGUCUGCCUGUAUAGUGAUAUUUCGGAUGCAUUUCAUGUCGCAUCUUUUUUAAUUAUAUAAUGAUGUUGUUAGUUUCACAGACGCUGUUAAUGCCGUUGAUGAUAAUGAAGUUCAUUUUUUGACAAAGCGGAAGAAAUCAAAGCGGGAAAAGGUAUACAUCUCUACGAAUCAUUUAAUUUAAUAUGCAAUAUUUUGGAGUAGAAAAUGAUUUGUGGAAUUUGGCAAUUUUCUUACGUCAAAUUAUGUGUUCUAUACAGUAGUAUAUCUAUAUUGUAUGUAUUUGAUAUAUAUUGUAUUAUGAAAUCGAGGACUUUCAUUGUGUGUAAAAUACAGGUUUCGCUUAUUCGUGUAAAUUAAUCAAUAACUCUAAAUAAUCUGUCACGUAUCAAAUUACUAUUUUAAAUAAUACAGUAUAUUUGAAUUUUCUAGUUGAAUACAUAAAAUCAUUAUUUGAAGUUUUCAUGGCAUAGGCCGGUAGUUUAUGACAUAGACUCGAUAAUUUACUGCAGUUCGAUACAGUAUUAAAUAUAUACUGAGUGUGUAACCUUAAUUCGCAUUUUAGUAAGUUUUAUAAAUGUUUGAUUGCAUGCAUUUGCCACUUUUCUAUAGUACAAAGUGUUUUACAAUGCAAGAAUACAAAAUUUAGUGAUACACAAAAUCGUAAAGUUUGUCUGUUGAGGUUUUUAUUCACACAUGCCUUGUUGGAUUUCAGGAAGUAGAAGAUAAGAAUUACGCCGAUUGGCUGCAAGAAAAGAAUUUAACUCACAAAGACAAGAAAGAACUGGUUUGUCUUGUUUUCUUUUUUCCUUUCCUUAUAGGAAUACCUACUAUAAUACAAUUUUUAUCGUUUCUAUUCGUUUUGAAUACCAUUAUUUAAUAACUAUAAUAUUGUAAGUAACUUCUCUGUUUUGGAAAGCCUGCUCUAUUUGUAUACUAUGCAUGGUGUGUUCGAUGUGCAAAGUAAUUUAGAAACGAUAAAGUAAUCUUGUAAUCAUGUAAGCAGACUGUCUUGCCUUGAGUUAUGAGAGUAACGACUCAUUCGUCAGUUGAUAUUUAUCAGUAGUGGAUCUAGCCAGGUUUUUAUUAGAGGGUGCUGAGCAAGCAGCCAAGCAAUUGGAGCAAACCGAAUCCAGACUGGCUGGUCGCGCGCCAGUAUGUUACUAGUAGUGUCACUCUUAGUUACAAAACGUGCGGAAACAGUGUAUAAUCCAUGCAUGUAUACAGUAGGCUGGAUAAAUAUACUGUAUAUUAGUCGAUAAUGUGAUUAGUACGUGGAAAUUUUUCACAUUUUUCGAACAUUUGAUUACUUUAUCAAUUUGUAUUUUUCUAUUAUUAUUACCGAGUAGUUUAUAAUGUUAGACCUUUGCAGCAAAUUCAGACUUGUUUCGUUUUUUGAACUACUGCAGUGCUGCCUAAGCCUUGAAUUAAUAAAAAAUUAAGUAAGUUGGUUUAAGACUCAUAACACAUUUUAAAUAAAUUUAAUAUUUUGCACUCCGCCUUCCACCCCCGAGACCAACAAAGGUGCGCAUCUCUUUUCACCUCCCCUUGCAAUCGACCACUGAUAUUUAAUUUUAUUUCUUGUUAAGGAACCGUUAAUGCAACUUUGGAAUGAUCCCAACCUCGACGAGGACGAGAAAUUUCUAAGAAAUUUCAUUUUACAGAAACAGUACAUCGAUAAGGAUUCUCUUGAG